AUGAUUGACAGGUUAAUCGUCACGAGGCUGGCAGUUUUGGCAGAAGAUGCUGUCCCAGUUGAAGAGUCCAGGAUCCUCGUAGUACCUCUUCAGGUACUGGAAGGCUCCUAUGAGGUCUCCACACAGCCUUCUUUUGUCCAGGUUGAAGAGUCCAGGAUCCUCGUAGUACCUCUUCAGGGCAACACUUUAAGGAAAAUACUCUUACAUCGCUACUUUAAAGGAGAAUAUGGAAGUGGUAUGAAUGGGCCUCUGGCUGCCAGCUACAGCAAAACUGCACAAGUGGGAGGUGGAUUUUCAGGACAAGACUCAGAUAAGUCUGUAGUAACCAUGUUUGAUAUUCAGUGCCUUCUGGAUAAAGAAGGUGCAUCAGAACUAGUCAUAGAUGUUAUAGUGAACACCAGAAAUGACAGAAUUUUCUCAGAAGGCAUUUUGCUUGGUAUCGCGUUGCUUGAAGGUGGAAAUACACAAACACAGUAUUCAACUUACCAGCAACUGAAGGAGCAAAAAAAGUCAGAAAAAUUCUUUAAAGUCCUGUAUGACCGCAUGAAAGCUGCUCAGCAGGAGAUACGAUCGACAGUGACAGUGAACACUAUUGAUUUGGGAAGCAAAAAGAAAGAUGAUGAUAGUGACCUAACCAUAUCCAUUCCCAAAAAGAGAGUAAAGGAUUCAACCCUGCAUCUGAAAGAGGGUAUGAAAGGACAGUUAACAGAAGCAUCAUCUGCAACGUCAAAGGCUUACUCUGUGUAUAGAAGAGAAAUGGACCCAGAAAUAGAUCUUAUGGGCUCAGGAACAGAUGCUGGAAAUGCAGAAGAGAAGUCCACAGAAGAAGCAAUCAUGAGCCCUACCAUUGCAAUCAUGCAGCCAAUAUUGAGGUUUCUUCAGCUGCUGUGUGAGAACCACAAUCGAGAGCUCCAGAAUUUUUUAAGACAUCAGAACAAUAAAACAAAUUACAACCUGGUUUGUGAGACCCUUCAGUUUUUGGACUGUAUCUGUGGAAGCACAACAGGUGGGCUGGGCUUAUUGGGGCUUUACAUCAAUGAGAGGAAUGUGGCUCUUGUGAACCAGACACUGGAAAGCUUGACUGAAUAUUGCCAAGGUCCAUGCCAUGAAAACCAGACUUGUAUAGCCACCCAUGAGUCUAAUGGGAUUGAUAUUAUAAUUGCACUCAUCUUGAAUGACAUAAACCCUCUUGGCAAAUACUGCAUGGACUUGGUGCUUCAGUUAAAGAACAAUGCCUCCAAGCUUUUGCUGGCUAUUAUGGAAAGCAGGCAUGACAGUGAGAAUGCGGAAAGAAUCCUUUUCAACAUGAGACCAAGGGAACUGGUGGAUGUGAUGAAGAAUGCUUAUAACCAAGGCCUUGAAUGUGACCAUGAGGAGGAGAAUGGAGAUGAUGGCAUCUCCCCAAAAGAUGUUGGCCAUAAUAUCUAUAUUUUGGCACAUCAGUUGGCUCGUCACAAUAAAACAUUGCAACAGAUGCUGAAACCAGGGUCAGAUCCAGAUGAAGGAGAUGAAGCCUUGAGGUAUUAUGCCAAUCAUACGGCACAGAUAGAGAUUGUGCGCCAUGAUAGAACAAUGGAACAGAUCGUCUUCCCUGUCCCCAAUAUUUGUGAGUUCCUCACUCGGGAAUCCAAAUGUCGGGUAUUCAAUACAACAGAGAGAGAUGAACAAGGGAGCAAAGUCAAUGACUUUUUUCAGCAGACAGAGGACCUGUACAACGAGAUGAAAUGGCAAAAGAAAAUUAGGAAUAAUCCACCCCUGUUUUGGUUCUCCAGACAUAUCUCUCUCUGGGGGAGCAUUUCCUUCAACCUUGCUGUAUUCAUCAAUUUAGCAGUUGCUCUGUUCUACCCCUUUGGAGAUGAUGGAGAUGAAGGCACGCUCUCUCCGUUGUUUUCAGUCCUCCUUUGGAUAGCAGUGGCAUUUUGUACAGCAAUGCUGUUUUUCAUCUCCAAGCCUGUUGGUAUUCGACCCUUUUUGGUGUCCGUUAUUCUCAGGUCUAUAUAUACUAUAGGGCUCGGUCCUACCUUGAUACUUCUUGGUGCUGCUAAUCUUUGUAACAAAAUAGUGUUUCUGGUGAGCUUUGUUGGGAACCGUGGAACUUUUACCCGUGGCUACAGAGCGGUUAUCAUGGACAUGGCUUUUCUCUAUCAUGUAGCAUAUGUCUUAGUCUGCAUGCUGGGCCUCUGUGUGCACGAAUUCUUCUACAGUUUCCUGCUGUUUGAUCUGGUCUACAGAGAAGAGACAUUGCUAAAUGUGAUAAAAAGUGUUACCCGGAAUGGUCGUUCCAUUAUCCUCACUGCAGUGCUAGCACUCAUCCUAGUUUAUCUCUUCUCCAUUAUUGGGUUCCUCUUCCUGAAAGACGAUUUUAUUAUGGAGGUCGACAGGUUGAAAAUCAGGACGCCUGUUGCAGGUAUUGGUGAUGUCCCUACUACAACCCUCACAUCAGUCAUGGGAGCCUGUGCAAAAGAGAACUGUUCCACAAGCAUCCCUAUUAUUAACCCAGCUGGUGAAGAGGAGGAGGAUGGAAUAGAAAGGACCUGUGACACCCUGCUCAUGUGCAUUGUGACCGUAUUAAACCAAGGCCUGCGAAAUGGUGGUGGUGUGGGAGACGUGCUCAGAAAGCCUUCCAAAGAUGAGCCCUUGUUUGCUGCACGAGUUGUUUAUGAUCUUCUGUUUUACUUCAUUGUCAUAAUUAUUGUUCUAAACCUAAUCUUUGGAGUCAUUAUUGAUACGUUUGCUGAUCUCAGGAGUGAAAAGCAGAAAAAGGAGGAAAUACUAAAGACAACCUGUUUCAUCUGUGGACUGGAGAGAGACAAAUUCGAUAACAAGACCGUUUCAUUUGAGGAGCAUAUAAAGUCAGAACACAACAUGUGGCAUUAUUUGUACUUUAUAGUUCUUGUCAAAGUUAAAGAUCCAACUGAAUACACUGGCCCAGAGAGCUACGUGGCGCAAAUGAUUGUGGAGAAGAAUUUGGACUGGUUCCCUCGGAUGAGAGCCAUGUCCCUGGUUAGCAAUGAAGGCGACAGUGAACAAAAUGAAAUCAGGAACCUGCAAGAGAGGCUGGAGUCAACCAUGAGCCUUGUAAAACAGCUUUCCAGUCAGCUUGCUGAGCUCAAGGAACAGAUGACAGAACAAAGGAAGAAUAAGCAGAGGCUGGGCUUUCUUGGAUCAAACACACCCCAUGUGAAUCAUCACAUGCCACCACCCUGAUACCACGGGGAGAAGCCGUGACUAGCCUUUCAUCAGUAUUCCUGCUUUAUUAUAGAAUAAAAAACUGAGAUUGAGAGGAGUGAACAGUGCCUAUUGUUACAAAGUUAAAAACAACCAAGUGCCAAGAUGUUAAGUGGUUUAGCUCUGGGAACAAUUUGUAGUUGUUUUUCAUGGUUGAAAGGGACCGCAACCUAGAAUGUGAGAGAUACAAGCAAGCCUGUUUGUAUUCGCUCACGGAGCCCGACUCAGCUGCGUUUGUGCUCUUCAACUCGCUGGCUUCAGUAAUAGCUGUCAUGUACGACGGAGCUUGGGACAGCGUUUGUCCGAGUCCUUCGAGCCGCCUUCAGACUGCUGGGGUAGCCAAGAUGAGCAGAAGAAGGAGAAAUGUCUAUUAACGCAAAUACGACAGC